UGCUGGGACCACUGAACUCAGAAACACAGCAAGGGAUCAUAUUUGAAAUAUGGCUCAAAGUGACUUCCUCUACCCAGAGAACCCAAAAAGGCGACAAGAAGUAAAUCGUCUUCACCAGGAGCUCCUUGACUGCUUAUGUGACAGCUUCCAUGCCACCAAUAAGCUGAUUGGGGUUUUAAAUACGCACUUAGGGUGCAGGCUGGCCUCCAUUGAAAUGAAAAGAGAUGCGACCAUCAAAGAAAACUGUGAUAUCAUCAUCCAAGCCAUGAUGAAAAUCCAAAAAGAAUUGCAAAAGGUUGAUGAGGCACUAAAAGAUAAACUAGAGCCAACCCUUUAUAGAAAACUUCAGGAUAUUAAGGAAAAAGAAACCGAGAAAAUUGCAAUAGUACAAAAAGUUAUUUCAGUCAUCCUGGGAGAAGCUACUUCUGCUGCCAGUGCAGUGGCUGUUAAACUCGUGGGCUCAAACAUCACAACUGGCAUAAUUAACAAGUUGGUCACUGUGUUAGCUCAAAUUGGUGCUUCUCUCCUUGGUAGCAUAGGAGUUGCUGUUCUUGGCCUUGGCAUAGAUAUGAUCUUCCGUGCCAUCCUGGGAGCAGUGGAGAAAACACAGCUUCAAGAAGCCAUCAAAAGUUAUGAGAAGCAUCUGGUGGAAUUCAAGUCAGCCUCAGAAAAAUAUCAUCAUGCCAUUAUUGAGGUCACCAACACAGUGAAACACCAAAUGAAAUAA